AUGAUGACGGCCACACUGAACGGGACGUUCAACUCGGCCCCUGACACACCCUCCCCCCUCUAUCCCGAUCGUCUGAUUCGUCCUCUCCCUAAGCGGACUCUUCGGUCUCGCUUGUCCUCCGAUGCUGCCGACACCAUUCUGUACCCACCAACUCCCCCGGCCUCCCAGAUUUUCUAUGGAGUGCCCGCAGAUUCCGAGGAGGCGGUGAAUGACUCUAAAGUCUAUGUGCAGCAGACUAUCGAGGCUGAUGCUCACGAGCUGACCCCUGAGGACGACUCGCGCCAUGCCUUUGAGACUGCAGUGGAGCUAGAGAGCGGGGAUGAGGAUGGUCCAGUCGUGGUCCGCCGAAGUGCUGGCUUCCGGGGGUUGUCCCUAUCACCCUCUGCAUCUAGCACGCACCCGCAAGGGUUCCCCGGCAAUCCCGAGGCCCCCCAGGCCAAGUCACCAUCGGCAGGUCCCGAUGGUUAUGACGCCUUUGAAAACACAAAUAACAAGAAGAAGCGAAAGAUUCCCACUCCGGGCAAUCUGGGUGGUCACCACUCGGCUUUGUCUCCGGAGUUUGCGAGCAUGGGAUUGGCAAGCUCAACCCCCGCGCCAGCUGCUGUCAGUGACGGGCUUGCAACAGGCACAUAUUACGGGAAUGGUAAUCCUGCGUCUCCGCUAGGAAGCGGGAUAUCUGGGUCUGGAAGAGGACGUUUGGGGCGGACUACAACCCGCGUCAGCACUGGCAGGAAUCCAUUGUCGGCCAAUGCUCAGCAUGCGUGGAUGAAUAGCCGGACUCCUAGUCGACGAGAUGGCCUGAUGUCAUCGCCUGGACCAGCUGGUGAAUAUCCGUCCGACCAGGGAAUUAUUUCUACUGCCAUUGCCAAUGCUGCUACGCGUUCCUCUCCUCCCCGAGGCCCUAGCAACGUGAGCUUGCUAGACCAGGAGAACACCACCCCCACCAAGACGCAGUUUACCUUUACGUGUGAAUCCGACUCAUCCAAGGGCAUGGCCCUACAACGAAAUUACCCUCUCCAUCGCUCUCCCACAUCGCCCCUUGCCGCGGUCAGUCACAACCCGAGGGGGUUCUAUACCCAGGGGACGCAGACCAGCCCGAGCAUGGCUGCACAAAUGAACCAGCAUGGCACGCAGUCAGCACCUGCUCCCGGAGACCCGCGCUCUGUGGGCCCCAAGAAGAAGCGUUCCCCGGGCAGUAUCUAUGCACUAGCUGCACGCCAGCGGAAGAUUCAACAACAAUACACGAAUCUCCACCAUCCGCCGAGCUUGGAAGAUAUUUGGAUCUGCGAGUUCUGCGAGUACGAGAGCAUUUUUGGGCGUCCGCCCGAGGCACUCAUCCGGCAGUACGAGAUCAAAGAUCGCAAGGAGCGGAAGCGGUUGGCGGAGAAGAAACGGCUUUUGGAGAAGGCCAAGAUGAAAGGUCGAAAGACAAAGAAGGCGACGAAGAAUGCGUCUAAGAACGCACCGCAUCAAGGAGCCUAUCAGCAGGGAUACGACCGGGCGUCGGUUGACCAUUCCUCGGCCGGCGGGUUUGGCCUGCAUGAUGAUGAGUAUCUAGGGCACGAGUACGAGGAAGAGGCUGAUCCGAUUCCUGCUCCAACCCCUGGACCGCCCUCGGACCUCAAACCACCCCUACCACCCGGCGGGAAUCAUCCAAAAAUGGCUGCCGCUGCAGCGCACCUGAAGGGUGCUGCAGAUGCUGGGGCAAGUCGGCCGGCUUGA